GACGCGCAGACUGGAGCUUCUGCAAUAAACUGAAAGCAGGACACAUCAGCUCUGUCACCUACUCCCCUCUAUCCUCAUUAGUGCAGGAUGGGUGCUAUUCCAUCACUACACACUUGUAUAGGUGCCAUUAACCCUUACUUUCCUCCUCCCUUUUCUUCCCCUUUGGAAUGCACAGGUAGUAUUGUCUUCUCCUGCAUCCUCCUCAUCCUACCAAAUAUUUCAGGUCUUCAUCCUCAUUACCUGCUCUCAAUGAGCCAUUUCCUCGGUGCCUAAGAGCCCAGCUCGCCAUGCAGAUGUUUGCACAUUUCUUCUCUAUUCAUCUUCAUUUUUUUCCCUGCCAUUGUCAUUUGGUACCCAGAGCAUUCCACUUUAAGGUGGAACCUUAUCUCUUUUUUUAUUUAACCCUUCUUUCUCAGAGGAAGGAGUAGGUAGAACCCAUGAUGUAUCCUCCUCAUUUUCAUAAUAAAUCCCCUUUCCUGUUCUUGGCCUUUCAUAUCUCUCCCUUUCUCCCACUCUUUUCUCUAGCCUUUCUUCCCAUCCCCCUCCCAAUCCCAGCACUGUGUACAUGCUCUCUGCUUCUCUCCGUCUCUCCCCCUUUUUUUUUUCUCUCUCUCUCUCUCUCCGGUACUUUUUUUCACAGUGGUUUCUCCCAGUGACAUAAUAACAGGAUGCUGAAAUCUUUCUCCUUUUCUGCAAAAUAUCCCCUCUUAAAAUAAACGCCAUUUCACAGAAUCUUCCAGGGUAUGGGGGAAAGAGAAGCUUAAGUACCCGGGGAAUUGGCAGGCAUCUUCUGAUCAUACAUACGUACAGACAUAUAUCCUCUUCAAAGCACACGUUUUAACAAAAGGUUUGUGAUGCUAACUGUAUCUUCAUCCAGUUGAUGCAGAGAAGUACGGACCAGAUUAUAGACAGUCAAUGGAAGAAAAUCUAGGGCUUGUUAAGAAGAUAAUCCUGGGUGAGUCAGUGGCUCCCUUUGUCCUUUGGCAAAAACAUCUGAGUCGCUGGUGACAUCCAAAGCCAAAAAGAAAAGGAAAAAAGAACAUCGGGAGAAGGUGAUAACCAAAGAACAAAUCCCCACGACCCCAAGAAGAAGUCAUCGAGCUUCUUCUACUAGAAACACAUUUUCUUUGUAUUGGAACCCACCCAGCCUGUCACCCUGGAGUCGUGGAAGAGGUGGAAUGAGGGCAGAAUGGUGUGGUGUGAGAAAGGAGUCCAGAUUCUUAUGACCACAGUGGGAGCUUUUGCUGCUUUUGGGCUUAUGACAAUCGCCAUAGGGACAGAUUACUGGCUUUAUGCCAGAGCCUUCAUCUGCAAUACCACUAACAUCUCUAGUGAGGAAACCCCACAGAAGGAUAAAAAGGAUCCUGGAGGGUUGACUCAUUCUGGCCUAUGGAGGAUCUGCUGCUUGGAAGGCCAAAGGAGAGGCAUUUGUGUCAAAAUCAAUCACUUUCCAGAAGACACAGACUAUGAUCACGACAGUGCUGAAUAUCUUCUGCGUGUUGUUCGUGCUUCAAGCAUCUUCCCAAUCCUCAGUGCCAUGCUCCUCUUACUCGGGGGCCUUUGCGUUGCUGCCAGCCGUGUUUACAAGUCCAAGCGCAACAUUAUCUUGGGGGCUGGCAUCUUAUUUGUUGCUGCAGGUUUGAGCAACAUCAUUGGUGUGAUUGUUUACAUAUCUGCAAAUGCGGGAGAUCCUGGGACAAGGAGGGAUGAUGAGAAGAAAAGUCAUUACUCGUAUGGCUGGUCUUUCUACUUUGGGGGGCUUUCUUUUAUCAUCGCUGAGAUGAUUGGUGUCUUAGCAGUUAACAUCUACAUUGAAAAGAACAGAGAGGCUCAUUGUAAAUCACGCACAGAGUUGAUCAAAAACCCUUCGGCCAUUCUACGCCUACCAAGCUAUCGUUUUCGAUAUCGCCGACGCUCGAGAUCUAGUUCACGCUCUACUGAACCUUCUCAGUCAAGGGACACUUCUCCUGUAGGAGUUAAAGGGAUACCUUCAACUGAUAUCUCCAUGUACACCCUGUCAAGAGAUACCUCGAAGGCCAAUGUAAGCAGCCUGUAUAACACAGAGCGUGGGGAUCACAGUUUUCUACAACUUCACAACUGCUUUCCCAAGGAUUCCGGGGUCACUGUCACCGUCACAGGACCAGCCUCAAAUACAGGCACCCUGGGCAAGGAUGGUUCCAACACCAACACUUUAAACAGGAAAACCACACCUGUGUAGGUGGGCCCAAGGCAAAGGUCUUCUUAGUAAGUGUGAGUGAGCGUGAAAGAUGAAGUAUGAGUUUUGGGAUGGAAGAAGGAGCCAUUUUUUUUGCCAUGUAUCUACCAGUUCCUGGUAUAAAGUAAGAUGCAGGGUCAGCACCUCUCUUACCAGUAUAAAGUAAAUUCAUAUUCUGGGACUCGGGCCAAUAAGUCCGUGUUCUGAAAUCUCUAUUACAGAAUUUUGAUAGAAAAAAAAACUCUUUAGAACCUUAAUUCAUAAUUUGUUCUUUCCUAAGCUAAGAUAGGAAAUGUCUAAUCAGGCCAACCAUUCAAUGUUUGACAGAUUUAAAUCUAUACUGCUGCUAAGACAUUUCUCUUUCUUUCACAAGAUUCUUGCAAAAAAUAUAUAUAUAUAGCAUAACCAAAUCGGUUUCAUUUUGUUAACUGUGAAAAAAAAAAUCGAUAUUGUGCAAACCAGUAAUGAGAAUCAUGUCAGAUCGUGUGAAAAGUAGGGCCAUUGAGCAAGCAGUGCACAAAUUAACUCAGGGAUUGCAAUUGCCAAUCUGUGUCUCUUCAGUUCUCCAGCCAAUGGACUGGCUUGGAUAAUGUGAUUUGACUAGUAACAUGUGAAGACCCACAGGCUGGCUCUCCCUGAAAAAAACUGCAUGCGAGAGAGAUUCCUAGACAUCACCAUGUAGGUUCCCAAUUCCCAAGUAUUUGUAUUAGCCAAAAAAACCUUAGUGUUAUGAGACCCUGGAGGCACUAACUUCAGCCUUAAAGCAAAACAUACCCUUCAGAGUUUUGGUACGACCUUUUUUUUAAGUUGUUAGAAAAAAAGUCCUCUAUUUCCACCACUUUUAAGGAGUGUUAGAGCUACACUACCGUUCCAAUGUAACUGAUGUUAAUGCUCUAUGCCUAAUGCUAAAGGCUAAAUUCAGCUUGACCUUCAGUUUGAUGUAGACAACAGUUUUCUUAGCAGUUUGCAAUUCAUCUCCAUUUUCAAUUUUUGGCUCAGGUUCAGGUUUUUGAACUAUUUCUAUUUUUUGUUCUGUAACGCUCAGGCUUGCAAUUUCAACCGCCAGUCAGUUGCUAGGGCUUAGUUACCCAAAAAAUAAGGUAGCAGUAGCUUGGAAGUCAGAAGAUGGGAGAAUUUUCAAAGAGUUUUUAUUUUAGAGACCCUCGGGCAACCAUACAGCAUUUGUAGUUGCAGGUUGGAAAUAUAUAAUAACUACUCUAUAUAUAUAUAUAUACACAGUAUGAAAGCAUCAAGACCAGCUGAACAAUUGCUUAGAAAAUGAGAAGUUUCAUUGGGAUAAUGAUCAGGAUCUUUAGAGUCAUUGGGGCAAAUUCCCUAGCCGGCGAAAAUUUGCAGCCAUUGCAAGACUUCGCCAGGCGUAAAUUCGCUAGGACAAUGGCAAUUCACUAGAGUGCAAUGGUGGCGAAUUUUCACUAGCGUUACUUCAGCAAAGAAAAGGCUAGCGUUGCCUAAUUUGCGGGAAAUUAUAAAGUUA